AUGGAUUUAUCGCCAACAGAAUUCAUAGAUGUAGAUCUGAAGAUAACUAACGUAUACUGCCACCCAAAGGACAUUCUUGUGAAAUUUCAGGGCUCUUAUAACACAGACUGUGAGUUUGACUACCAUAUAUUACAAAAUGAAAUACAACAGGUAUCCAAAGUGAAAGACUGCAUUGGGUCUGAUGAGUUUUGUUUAGUAGAAGAUCCAGAUCGUGGGGAAUGGUACAGAGGAAGAGUAAUACAAAAGAAGAACCACAUUUAUGAAGUAUUUCUGAUAGACAACGGGGAAAAACUGGCAGUUUGUGAUACUUGCAUUGCGUCUGCCAUUGAUGAAUUGUUUCAGCUUCCUCCAAAAAUGGUUUGUGGAAUCUUUGCAAAUAUACUUCCUGUUGAAGAAAAGUGGUCUCCCAAGGCUCUGAAUUACUUUUCAUCCUUAAAAAACUUGCAAAUUAAUGGCCACGUACAAGCCAUUAUGCCACACCAAACAUUUCUUCUCGAUGUGCCAAAAGUUACUAGCGAUGUGGUAGAACUGAAAUUAGGAAAACUUGUUAAUGGAGACUCAUUCCAUCUUAUAGUAGAACUGUUAGCUGAAUUGCCGGAAGAACCCUUAUAUAAACAGAUGUCAGAUUUAAUUCAAAAGAAAUACACAGGACCAGAUUCAGUUUCCUGUAAUGCUAGGAUUCAACCAGAUUGUCAGCCCAUUUUUGGUUGGCUACAGCCACUUUUAUCAGUUGGUGGAGUAGAGCUAGCAAAAAUAUCAGUGGCAGUCAGUCCAAGUAAGUUUUAUUGUCAGCCACUGCAACGUCUAACAGAGCUUGAUGCGUUGACAAGAAGUAUGUCUUCAUAUUAUGAAACCAUUAAUAGAGAAAAUAUUCCAUCUUGUGACAGUUUGGGAGUCCUCUGUGCAGCCAAACGAAAAGAUGGUCAUUGGUACAGAGGAGUGAUACAACAGCUUCUCUCUGAUAACAGUGUGAAGGUUUGGUUUGUGGACAUUGGCAGUCGUGAAGCUGUGCCUUCCACUUAUGUUCUGAAGCUUCAGUCAAAAUUCAUAUCGGUACCUACAUUUUCAUUUCCUUGUGUUCUAUCAUGUCUUAGUGAUCAGAUUGAUUCUGUAAGAAGCAGUCAGCUACAAGAAUUUAAGGAGGCCCUCUUAAGGCAAAGUAUGGUUUAUGUCCACAUUGACUUAUUCAAUGCUAAUGAACAUUUGUAUUAUGUUACACUGCGUAAGCAUGAAACACUUACAGAUGGUGAAUGUCUGCCACAGAGAAAUGAUGUGCUUCCAAAGUAUGGUCCUUCCUUCAAGACAAAAAUGGCUAACAUGUAUGGGGAUAUGAGAAUUCCUGAUGUCAGCCCUGUCUUUGCUGAACCUGCUCACAGGAAUAUGUUACAAUCCGGAAAUUGUUCAAAUACGAAGGGCUGUUCCUUAAAUGCUGUUUUAGCUACACCUUACAAGACAGCAGAAAUGAAAAUAGACUCUGUCUGUGUUGCUUUUGUGGAGUAUGUAGUGAAUCCUUCAAUUUUUUGGGUUCAAACAGACGAUAAUGUAGAUGAAUUUGAAACCUUGAUGGAUAGAGUUUCAGAUGUAUAUGAUACAGGUGAAACGGGUGAUAAAAUUCUUGAAAAACCAGAACCUGGAAUGCUGUGCUGUGCACGCUACAAUAAGGACAUGCAUUUCUACAGGGCUGUCAUCAAGGAAGUGGUUGACAGUGAUAUUACUGUUUAUUUUUUGGAUUUUGGAAAUACUGAAACAGUGUCAAUUUUUGAUGUAAUAACUCUUCUUCCAGAGUUCCAGGAGCUACCAGCUUUAGCCAUAUGUUGUUCGCUUGCUAGUGCAUUUCCAGUUGAAGAUAUAUGGAUUAAAAAGGAAACAGACUUCUUUAAAAACUUGGUGUAUGGCAAACCAGUCUCACUUCAUGUCGUUGGAAAGCAAAAUGAUAAGUAUAGUGUCAGUAUGCAGUGUAUGAAUGGCUCCGAGCAAGCUGAUGUUCUCACAGCUAUGGUUCAGGCUGGAUAUGCUGAAUGUUGGCAAGUAAAGCCAGAUCCGCUGCUGAACACUGUAAAAGAUUCUAAAGAGCAAGGCUCAAAACUUAGAAGUAAAAACAUGCGGUGUAAAAACCUUAUGCAGAAUAACAACAGAGUGGUACGUAGAAAUGUUAAUCAAUUGCUAAAUACUUAUCCUUUGACAAAAAAGGCUGCUGCUGAUUUCCCACGAUGGGAGACAAUACUUUGUGAGAGAUAUGGGAAAAUGUCUGGGGAAAGUAGCACUGUCUGCCCUUACAAAGAACAUCGGUUUAAACCAGGAACUGUCCUCAGUGUUACAUGUUGUCAUAGUACUUCACCAGGUGACUUUUCAUGCCAGCUGCAGGCUAAAUUACCAGAGCUGAGUAACUUAAUGAAGCAAAUUCAGGUUUGUUAUAAUACUCAAACCAUACCAUAUCAAAAUGGACAGGUUGCCUGUGUUGUGAGAGAUUCUAAGGAUGGAAAGUGGUACAGAGCUUGUAUGCUGAAAUACAUAUCCAAAACCAGAAUUGAAGUUGUAUUAGUAGACUAUGGGAAUCAAGUAAGUGUUUUGCUGGAAGACGUUCAGGCUAUUCUUCCUGAUUUUCUGACGUUGGAAUGUCAAGCAUUCAGAUGUUGUCUUAGUAGUGUAACUCAGUCGUUAAAGUUUGAUCCAGAUAAUUGGACUGCAGAGGCAUGUAAUGAUUUUAAAUCCUUCCUUUCUUCUUCCAGUGGACUGCUGACUUGCACCAUUUCAGCCCUUAUUAUUAAAAACCCUGGCUGCUUAUAUAAUGUUGUUGAUCUGUGGACUCCAUCUGUCAGAGUACAGCAGUUUCUUUUAGACUGUGGCCAUGACCAGUUCUGCUCUCUCGAAUGCCCAAGAUCGUUUGCACCGUCAUUCUCUUUGUAUAGUUUUUACUAUUCAUCUUUUGAUAUAAACAUUGGAAAUGUAGAGGAGGUGUGUGUAACCCAUAUACACAGCCCUACAAAAUUCUAUUGCCAACUAAAUAGAAAUGCAGAUGAUAUUGAUAACCUGUUUCAGAAAAUCACAGAGAUCAGUCAUGUGGCAAGCUGUGUAGGCCAAACAAACACCUGCAGAUUAUACUUAGCCAAAUAUUUUGAAGAUGGCCUCUUUUACAGGGUCUUGGCAUCUCCUGUAGGAUCAUCAGAUUACGUGCCUGUAUACUUUGUGGACUUUGGGAAUAAACAAGUGGUGGCAAAGGAUGAAUUGAUUAAUAUUCCAGAUCAUGCUUCAGAAAUAUUGUUCACCCCUAUGCAAGCUGUCAAGUGUUACCUGUCGGAUCUCAAAGAUACUGAAAUUCCAGUUGAAAUAAAUAAAUGGUUUGAGAAGAAUUUCUUAGGUAAAGAACUAAAGGCAGUAAUAAUAGCUAAAGAAUCUGAUGGCCAGCUUGGUGUGGAGUUGUAUGAUAAGAAUCUACAAAUAAGUAAGCAGAUUAAAGAAUUAUUAUUAGAGAGUACAACAGAGUGUAAUGAGGAUCCAAAAUAUGUAAACAGAGACACAGAAAAGCCUCUUGAGGACCAAAAUGAGAAACCUAAAGAAGAGAUAACUGCAGUUAAAAGAGAAACCAAGAAUAAAAUAAAUUCUUGUUAUCAGAAUGAUGGUGACGUAUACGCCGAAUAUGGAAAAGAAACUGUGGUUGAUCUGCAGAAACAGUGCAGUAGGUCUGUACAAGUUCCAGUAGCCUGUGAAAAUACAGAAUUGGUCUUGCAAAACACUUUGGCAGAGAAAGAUAAAAGUACAAAGAUGCCUACAAAUAAUAUGACUGAAUCACAUAGCUAUCAACUAAGCCCUUCAAGGCAAGAAAAGAGUUCUUCUGCUAAGCAAAAGUACAGCGAUCUUGUACAAUGUAACAUUCAGCCAAAUUCCAAAGUUACGGUUUAUGUUUCCUUUGUAACGAGUCCAUCAAAUUUCUAUAUUCAUCUUGAAGAAAAUGAGGAUAAAAUUUUGAAGCUAGCUGAAGAACUGAAUAGCUGCAUACUGGUUUUAGAGCCACAAGCUGACAUCGAGGAAGGUGACCUAGUCUUAGCAGAGUAUGAAGAUGAUCAUUGCGUAUACAGAGCUGUUGUUAGAGAAGUUAAAUCAGAAGCAUUCUGUGAAGCAGAAUUCAUUGACUAUGGUAACUCGUCAACUGUGAAUGCAUCCAAAAUCUAUCAGAUAGGGAAAAAAUUCGUAAAUUUACCAAGACUGAGUGCACACUGUUUCAUUAGUCAUGCAAAACGUGCGUUGCCUAGUAAAAACUGGAGUAAGGAUAUUAUUGCCUAUUUUGUCAGUAAAGUAAAUAAUCAGCGAGUAAUUUGUGAGUUUCUACAACAACAUGGAGAACAAUGGGCAGUUGAUCUUUUCUGUCAUGGAAUAUCUGUUUUUGAGGAUUUAAUGCAGACAGAAAUCAGUGUAAGUUUACAGAACAUGCCUGUGUUACAUGCAGCAGAAGACAUAACGUUGCUGUCAGUGGCAGAUGCAGGUACUGAUGGUAAUGACCAAAGUUAUCAAAUCAUAUAUAAAGAAUAUGAGUCUGGCUCUACUUGGGCAAGUCUUCCUAAAAUUACCUACCAAAAAAUAAACCCUGGACAGCUAGAAAAUGCUGAAAUAGGUCACAUUUCCAGAAAUGGGUACUUCUAUGUAAAAUUAAAUAAGGAUGUGCAAACAUUACUUAAUCUGAAUAUGAUGACUACUCAAGAAGCAGAGCAAAUGCCAGUUGCAGUGGAAAAUAUUCAAGAAGGAUUAGAAUGCCUGACAAAAUCAAAAAUAACUUUCAAAUGGCAUCGGUCUGAAGUUAUAAAAAAGUUUAUGAAUAAGGAGAGCAUGCUGGUUUUUUUCAUGGAUUUGGGAAUAUACGAAAUGGUAUCAUUCAGUGAUACAAGGAGGCUGAGUAGCAAAAUGAGAACUAUUCCCAGAAGUGCAGUACCUUGUAAAUGGGUUUGGAUUGGAAAUGUAGAUAGCCUGGCUUUUGAGAGAGUCCUGAAGAUGUUAAUUGGUCAGGAGAUAAAGAUUUUAUUUCUGAGGUACCUAGAAUCUCCUUUAAUUUGGCAAGUAGACAUUUUAGUGAAUGGGAUUCUGUUGCUUGAAUGUUGGCCUCAAAUAUUUAAUCAAGGAAUGUUAGAGAAAUGUAACUUAUUGGGAGGCUUAAAUAAUGUGGAAAUGACAGUGCCCAAGUAUUCAUUUAGAUGGAGUUCAAUUUCAUGGGCAAAGUUUCAGAACAAUAGGCAUUAUCCUGGUUUUGUCACAUCAGUCAGUAAUCCUUCAAAUUUUUGCAUCCAGUUAGAAGACUCAUUUAAGACUAUGGAAUUAUUGUUUAAGCUGCUCUCUGAUCUCCCAGAAAACUUGCCAACUAUGCCAAAGAAUCUUCUUUGUAUUGGUGCAAGCUGCUUGAUAAAGACCGAGCCUAAUAAAAAAUGGAAUAGAGUUGAAGUUUCUGAAAUCUCAGAUCAGUUCAUGCUUACAUUUGUAGAUGAUGGAAUAUCGGCUCCCAUCCCCAUCUCAGAGUUCCACAGGUUAAAAGUUAUCCCAGAAAAGCUUGUGAAUUUACCUCGAUUGACUUAUCCUUGCUGUUUAUUUGGAGUGUCACCUGUUCUUGGGGAGCAGUGGAAUGAUGAGGCAAAACGUAAAAUUCAGCAGUUUCUUAAUAGACAAGGUCUUCUAUUCCAGUUCAGACAGUACUGUGGGAUGAAGAUGGAGGUAGAUGUGUUAUGUGAGGGGACCAGUGCAGUAGAUGUAUUGGUUGCUUCUGGAUGUGCUGUGUAUUCUUUCAUGUCAAUUAAUUGGGUAGAAUUUAAUGUAUUGAAUUCACAGAUUUUGCACGAUCCAUUGCAAAUGGGUAGUCAGAAAAGCUCUGAUGUAAGGAUAAUAUUACAGCCAGGAAAGGAAGAGUACCACAAAAAAAAAGACUUGCUGUUCAAGUAUACGUGUAACAAAUGCCCAAGAGGGCGCAGCUCUAAAAAACUCUCUAAGAGACAGCAGCGGAAGAAAUCAGCUUUAUCUAGCAAAAGAAGGAAAAAUGAGGAUCCUCUGAAGUAUAACAGCUCCUCCAUUGGCCAAUGUUGUCGCAGAGAGGGACUGAAGAAUACUUAUCCCACAGAUGUAUCCACAAAGGCGACACAUGAGAUGUCUGACCCUUCUGGAUUGAGUACCAUUCUAGAUGUGAUGAAAAUUACUGAAGAGAACCCUUCAAGUAAACACUGUGCUAGAAAGGCUGUAGUUCAUUAUGCUCCUGGACAUAAUAACAUGGGUUUACUGCAUAUGAGCCAAGCCUUAGAAACCAAAGAUGGAUAA